AUGACCGACGUUAAGAGCCAGGCAUUGCUUGUGGAUGUCAGCAAGGACGUCAUCUAUCGUAAUGAGGGUACAGCACCUACUAAGACUGUGGAGAAGAAUCUUCCACGUAAAGGCAAGCGUGAUGCUCCUACCACAGCACCCAGCGAGCCUCGUGGUGGAAGUGCACAGCGCAGUGGUCGUGGGGAGCGACGAGGUGGUUUUCAAGGCAAUGAGCAAGGUGAGUGUCAAAAAGCUCUCAGUCGGCAGUCGUUAGAGUAUCGCAUACUCCCUUCCGUGAUCGCGACGCUGGAUCAACAAACAACCGCGGAAAGCCCACUGACGACGGCAUUCGCGAGGAUCGCCACGCCAAUCAAGCACGAGGUGGACGAAUUCAAGGCAACUACGAAGGCCGUGGAGGACGAGGAGGACGCGGCGGACGUGGUGGCCGUGGAAAUCGUGAUGAUCGUCACUCUCGUGGCUUUGCUCAGUAAGAAGCUCUACUUGAUUCUCUACACGCCCCACCAAGAUUCCCUUUCCGUGCUUCUUUUCUCUCGACUACCUCCAUUCUUUCUCUCCUCUUUUUCUAAGCUCUCAAACCCCGCCAGCGACCACACCAAACAAUCCGACCAGUCCUGGGGCGCACCCACCGGUCAAGGCGAAUGGAACGACGAAGUCGCCGGCGCCGCCAUCGCCUCCACUGACGCUGCAGCUGAAGGCGCAACAGGAGGCUGGGACGCAACUGCAGCAGACACCUCGGGCGCAGGCUGGGACUCUGGCGCCGCCGCAAUUCCUGACGACGCAGACGGUGUAGCUCCUCCCAAUGGCUCCGCCGACGUCUCUAAAGCAGCCACCGACAAUUACGGCGGCGGCGGCGGACGCAAAGCGAGCAACCAAUACGAUGAUGGCCCUACUGAAGAGGAAAACAAAAACAAAUCAUUCGCAGACUACCAAGCCGAGUUAGCCGAGAAAAAACUCUCUCUCGCAGCCCCGAGCGCCAAAGCGCGCAAACCGAACGAAGGUUCCAAAGUGAGGAAGGAAUGGGAGAACGCUAAGCCCAUAUCCAAGAAGGACGAAGAUGGAGAUGGUGGCGGAUUCAUGGCCGGGCUGGGCAAGAAGAAAGAGAAUGUGCGUGUGAGGGAUAAGAAGGAGAAACAGACUCUCGAUGUCGACUUCGGGUACGUGGAACCUGCUUCUAACGCGCCGUCUGGGCGUGGUGGAGACCGCGGCGGUCGUGGUCGCGGGCGCGGGAGAGGCGAUCGUGGAGAUUUCCGUGGACGCGGACGUGGAGAUCGCGGAGAUCGUGGAGGUUAUGGCGGUGAUCGUAGUGGAGGUGGUGGUGGUGGUGGUGGUGACAGACCCAGGAGAGGCGGACGCAAUGAAGGUAGUGCGGGCGUCAACGUCGAGGACCAGAGUGCUUUUCCUAGUCUGGGAGGUGCUUGA